GUGAAAACAGUGCGCCCCCACUCCGGGGUGUGUGUAGGCUGUGUGUUGACAGAGGAAGGCGACAGAGGGGGGGAGGAAGGAGAGAGAGAGAGAGAGAGAGAGAGCUGUGUGAGUGUGGAGGAGGAAAGUGAGUGAGCCACUUCGGGAAAAGUCGCUCGCGGAGCUUUUAAUGUGGACGCACGCGCCAGAGUUCAAAGGAUAGAGCGCGAGAGGUAGAAAUGAGGACCGGGUCCACGUGCAGGUGGUGUGUGUUAUGGAGCACAGUGCUGAGCGCAGUGUGUGUGAGCGCCGUCGAAAAGGCCAACAAAACAGUGAUUGGUCGACGCCCCCGACAGAUAGAAGGGGUGGGGCUAGACGGUGUAUGGGGCCCAUGGAGUGAGUGGGCAGAGUGUUCUCAGAGCUGUGGAGUGGGCGUGAGUGAGAGGCGUAGACAAUGCAUACCACCGCCCCAAACCUGGAGUAGUGGACUGGGUUACCUGCCAUCAGGUGUAUCGAGCCACACCCCCUUACUUCCCCCCGACAUGCCUUAUUACCGCUCCUCAUAUCCUGGCAAUGACAGAAUUUAUCCGGCCAUUCAGAGUCCUGGACUACCUCUGUAUCGAGACACACCUGAAGGGGCAGGGCAAGAGCUGCCCAAUCAUGUGCCUCCUCUCUACCGCCCAGAUGUCGUACCGCCCAAUCAGCAGCCGAUUUCAAUUUAUCGUUCGCCGUCUUCUUCAUCCUUGCAUGUAUAUGGCCAGUCAGGGAGAGGAUCCAGACGGCCAGCCAGUGAGGGGGCUGGAAGAGGAGGAGCAGGUGGGAGUAGGAGGUCAAUCUCCACCAGUAGGGAUCCAGCGUCUGCGAGAAGACAAAUCCGUCCUGGUCAGUUCGGUUACGGCAGGGUUCCGUACUCGCUCCCACUUCACCGCCAAAACCGGCACACGCGAUACGCCCGUCUCCAUGGAAACGCCACCACCGAGUCACAGCAGGUCUCACACAGCAUUGUGGCUACGAAGGAAGUGGAGAGCCAACGUGAAGAGAACGAAGAACGAGCAGACACAAAGCCGAAGGCGAGACAGAGACCGAGAUCCAUCACUAGGCGUGCCCCUCCUCCAGCCUCUUCCCCCUUCUCUUCACCUCUCCACAGGCCACACCCACCUCCAGACACACCACUCUAUGCCCCGCCACCUUACAUUCCAUCUACUGUGGUUCUGGUUCAGCAAUACAGGUGCUCUGGGAAAGACACGGAGAUUCGGAAGUGCACUGUCGAGGCGUGUCCCGGUUCCCGGGUGGACCCUCGAGCCGAGCAGUGCGCCGUGUUCAACGAUAAAGAGUUCAUGGGCCGCAUUUACGACUGGGAGCCUUUUACUGAAGGCUCAGUGGAUCAACAGUGUGAAUUAACAUGCCGUCCAGUCGGCUAUCGUUUUUACGUUCGUCAUUCAGAGCGAGUGAGAGAUGGAACCCCGUGUGCUAAUAACACCCCCAAUGAUGUGUGUGUGGGAGGUCGAUGCCUGAGCGAGGGGUGUGAUGGCCUGCUGGGCUCGGAUGUUGUGCGUGAUCGGUGUGGCGUGUGUGGAGGGAGUGAUGGAUCGUGUGUUCGGGUGUCAGGAAGUUUCCAGAACAGCAGCGUUCCUCUGGGCUAUCACAAAAUUCUCGACAUUCCAGCCGGAGCGACAGCCAUCAACAUCACAGAACGCAGCGCCAGCCCCAACUACCUCGCAUUGCGUAGUGGUACUGGUCAAUCCAUAGUGAACGGUCGCUGGGCCGUGGAUCCUCCUGGUCAAUAUGAAGCAGGAGGAACAACAUUCGUGUAUACGCGGACUCGUGGAGAAACACUCACUGCCCCGGGACCCACACACUCCCUGCUGCAGCUCUAUAUUAUUUUCCACAAGGACAAUCCAGGUGUUGAUUACGAGUACUACAUACCUGUGAAGAAGGAUGCAGUGAGAGAGUGGAACAGAGGUAGCGCAUCUCUCCGAGAGACCAGUUCUGGAGUCAUGUUCGAAAACUCCACUCCUCCUCCCAUCUCCGCUCCCUCCUCAUCUGAUAGAUGGAGACUGGAGAGGCCCCGCCCUAACAAUUCUGGGCCCAACCGGAACGCUCGAAUCCCUCCAAGGACCGAUAUCCCAUUGGAUAAUCAGAGUCCGUUUGUGUGGAUGCUGGGUCCGCUCAGCGAGUGUUCUGCUUCCUGUGGCAAAGGUUUCCAGCACAGAGAGGUGUUGUGUGUGAACAGACACACUAAUGAAGAAGUGCAUGAAAGGAGGUGCGACUCGGCGUCUAAGCCCAUCGCAGAGGAGGAGCCGUGUAACGUCCAUCCCUGCCCACCAUACUGGGAGGCAGGAGCUUGGUCUGAAUGCAGUGUGUCGUGUGGGUGGGGUCUGCAGCACCGUCAGCUCCAGUGCAGGCAGAAUUUCUCCAGCCGCUCCACUCGGGUCCACCCUCAGCGCUGCUCCGGUCUCAUGCAGCCCAACACCACGCAGACCUGCCACACACACUCCUGUUCCCACUGGCAGAUCACCUCCAACUGGAGCGCCUGUUCAGUAGACUGCGGUGCAGGAAAAAGGACACGGAACGUCCGCUGCGUCAGUGACCACGGUGGUGUGGUGAGUGACGGAGAAUGUAACGCCAGGCUCCGCCCACAAGGAAGUGAAGACUGUCACAUGGGUCCCUGCGUCUCCAACUGGUACUUCACUGAGUGGACGAAUGCAUGCUCCGCCCCGUGCGGCCCAGGUGUGCAGAAACGUGACGUGGUGUGUGUGUCAAGUGGAGCUGCUAGCGAGUGUGUGAAGGAGAAACCGGCUGAUAUGAAAGCGUGUAACUCGGGCCCCUGCGUGGCACAAACACACUGGUUCGCUGGACCAUGGGGACAGUGCAGCGCGCCAUGUGGGAACGGAACCCAGCGCAGAGACGUGAUCUGUGUUCAGAAGCUGGGAAGUGAUUUCAGCGUGAUGCUGGCCAGCAAGUGUGCGCACCUGGAAAAACCUUCCCCCAUCCAGACGUGUGAAGUGGAACCAUGUAAACCACAGUGGUUCACCACCGAGUGGAGUGCGUGCUCCAAGUCGUGCGGUGAUGGAAUCCAGACUCGAGACGUUCGGUGUCUGACGCCGGAUAAACAGCCGAGCUUUGCCUGUGACUCCGCCCACAAACCACACCCUGAUCAGCCCUGUAACCCUGGCCCCUGCAGCCCCUCUCUAGAUGAGAGCUGUAAGGACCGACGCUCCAACUGUCUCAUGGUGGUCCAGGCUCGGCUCUGCGUUUACUCCUACUACAAGUCGGCCUGCUGCGCCUCCUGCACUCAGAGCGCUCAGAGAGCCAAACGCCACUGACCCCGCCCAGGGUCAAAGGUCAGAGACAGGGCAGCCGACUCUCCAGCCAAUCACAUCACGGGCUGACAUCCGUCUAAAUCGAGGAAGUGAAUUUAGACUGUGAAUUUCGACAGCUCUGUCGAGCAUGAUUAGCCCCGCCCACACACACAUCCACACCCCACGAGCUCUGUAGCGAAAAAUUCACUGCCCACAAUUUCAUUCCAGAUGGAGCCAACCACCUGAGACAUGUCUGUGAAGUGUAAAGUUUGCCUUGUUCAUUUUGCAGUGGAGCUUUUGAGGCUCAUAUCGCGAACGUAGAAUGUACGCUUUUCGCCACCAGUUUAGCUUUGUGCUCUAGGAGUGACUACGAUGAUGCCGUACUUCCAAAUUAAAUUAAAAUUUAAGUACAGAUGUCUUUCGAUGCAGUGCAUGAUGCUAAACUGGUAGUUGUUUCUUGUUCACCACAUGAGCAUCAUAACUCCAGUGCAAACAUGUUUCCGCUGAUCGACUACGUUUGGGGUAAAGCGUAAAUUGUGUGCAUUUCUUUUCUCACUGAAUUUUUUUUUUUGCUUUUUCUCAAAGUGAGAACUUUUUUAAAAUCCAGUAUAUGUCUGUUUUGUUUUAAAAGCACUAGAAUUUUCUGCCUUUCUAUGGCAACCUGAAUGCCAAACUAAACCUGCAGUGAUGAAGUUGCCUUGAAUAAAGAAAAAUGAGAUUUAUAUCCAUUUUACUCAUCAAGACUCAGUACACGUGAUAUUUGUGAUUUUGUUCACAUUCCUUUGCUUUAUGCGUAUAUAAAAUGCGCUUACACUCUAUCUAGUGCACUAGACAUCCAAUCACCAUGCAUGCAUACUUGCCAUCAUUGAAACAGUUCAUUAAGCUGACGUUACAAAUCCCUGCAGGCGUGCAUUGUGUAGAGUGUUAAAUCAUGCCUGCGACACCCGAUCGAUGGCACUUUACACACAGCUUCAAGUCAGCCAGGUUUGAUUCCACAUGUAUCGUGCGCUUGUACAGGAAGUAGGGAGCUCGAAAUCCCAAAAAUGUUUCAUAUUCAUCAUAUAGUGCACGAGAUAGGAUGCAGCCAUUUUCAUACCUUAGAAGUGCACCUAUUUAGGGAGCAAGGAGAUAAAAUGAAUAAGGGCGGUGCGACAUUUUACUUAUAUAUUCACACGCCCGCGUGCGCACUAUGUAGAGCGCCAUUACAUUUUUAAUCCUACGGUACUGUAUGUGGUGCACUUGUACAUGCAUUAGUGAGCUGUAUCAGUAACGGUUUUCUACUAGAAAUAUAGUGCACUAUGUAGGGAGUAUUAUUUCAUACCUGUGAAAAUAUACAACUGUAAAUUACCUAUGCAAAAUGUACCUAUGCAAAAAUGUAUUAAUGUCAAGCUAUAGAGAUCUUGCAUGUGACGUCACAGCCGAUCCAGAUUGUGACAGACGCCAUCUUGUCGGUCAAAUGCCAUAUUCCGCCUUCUACUUCUACUUCUGGUUCUACUUCUGCUUUUACUUCUACCUUUUCUUCUGGAAAACCCUACUAUAUACAAUUCUACUACAACGGCUGCAGCUACAAGCUCUCCCUACCUGUGCACGGUUUUUGUGUGUAUUUUUGCGUGUUGUUCGUCUGUACCGGACUUCAAUAUCCACUACAACCGUAUGGACUUACUGGACAUUGGUUUCCAGCAGAAAAUGACGGUUUGUAGCGAUUUCCAUCACAUGCACAACAUUCCGGACGAGAAAAAAAAAAAAACAUUCCGGACGAGAAAAAAAAAAAUUCCAGACGAGACCAGAUUGCGAGACCAGCGGGGUCUCCGUGGAUUGCUAUCGGAAGCAAAGCGAAGGAGGCGGCGCCGGGAGCCGAAGCAAAAGCGAGGCUGCAGGCAGAGCCGGCCUGUUGACUAAGCUCAGAAAACAGCUACUCAAAUCUCCACUGCCAAGCCUCUACCUCUCCAACGCCAGAUUCAUGUAAACAACACGGACUAUUUGGAAUUACCUUAUUCUAUAAUCGGCUGGUCAGUGCUAUACUCAAUACUUAAGUGACUUACCCAUCCAAUGAGGAUUAUUUUCUUGUUUACAAGAUGCCACAUCUGAGUCGCUGACAAAUCCUGAAUUUCUGUAAAGAAAACUGUCCAGAGAUUUAUAAGCACGCAGUGCUUCACCACUGAACAGCGAGGGAAAGUUGAUGAGGUAAUCAUACACGUCCGGGUAUUCCGCUGGCAGUUCAAAAUCCGGUCGUGAAAACUCCGUCCGGAAAGCCAUAAGGGUCACAAAUCUGUAGAUCGUUUAUUUUAGACAUAUAUCUAGUUAUCUGUUCAUUAGAAAAAUGAGCCGUGUAGUCCGUCGGUUGAAAUUGAUCCAUUCUGUACACGAGUGCAGCAGUAUUCAGCGGUGUUUUUGACCGACAAGAUGGCGGUUGUGUACUUUCCAGUCACGUGACUGCAAGAUCUCUAUAUAGCAUAAUUUAUCUGGUUACAAAACAGUGGGGCGGCACGGUGGUGUAGUGGUUAGCGCUGUCGCCUCACAGUAAGAAGGUCCUGGGUUCGAGCCCCGGGGCCGGCGAGGGCCUUUCUGUGCGGAGUUUGCAUGUUCUCCCCGUGUCCGCGUGGGUUUCCUCCGGGUGCUCCGGUUUCCCCCACAGUCCAAAGACAUGCAGGUUAGGUUAACUGGUGACUCUAAAUUGGCCGUAGGUGUGAAUGUGAGUGUGAAUGGUUGUCUGUGUCUAUGUGUCAGCCCUGUGAUGACCUGGCGACUUGUCCAGGGUGUACCCCGCCUUUCGCCCGUAGUCAGCUGGGAUGGGCUCCAGCUUGCCUGCGACCCUGUAGAAGGAUGAAGCGGCUAGAGAUAAUGUGUGUGUGUGUGUGUACAAAACAGUGGCACCCAGUGUAGAAUUUUAGAUCCGCCUUAAUAUAUUAGUGCACUUUAUAUGAAAUAAUAGCACCAACUUCCUGUGUAGUGCACCAAAUGUCAGCUAGGGCACUAUAGAUUGUGAUCAUUACUCCCUGUACAGUAUGAGUGCACUCCAUCGGAUAAAUAAUGACACGCUAUCAAGUGGACAACACAGAGAUUUUAGCUCUGCUGUCAUAUAUUCAUGCACUUUAUAGGAUAUAAAAUAAUUACACCCUAUAUAGUGCACUGUAUGUCCACGAGAGAACCAUUACUGAUUCAGAUCAUUUCUUCCUGUAUAAGUGCACUUCACAGGGUAUUUAAAUAGCAGUGUACUCGACCUAGUGCACUACAUGUCUAUAAUAGAUGCAUUUGGGAUUUUAUUUUUUAUUGUUCCAGCUAACUUGGUUUCUUUACAAUGGCUGAAUCCCAAAUAAAUCUAUACUGCUUGUAUUUUGUACGAUCAAGGGCGUAAAAGAACAGAGCAGUAAUCAUGCACUCACCCUACGUAAUCCAAGAAAGAAAAAUUUGGGAUUUCACCAGUGUGACACACUGCAAACCAAGGUACAGCCCUCGUGAACUGUGUGCUCAAAGCUUUGCCAUUCCUGUUUUAACACACACACACACACUGACUCUGUCUUCCUCUUGUAUGUGAGUCAACUUACUGUCUUUUUUUUAAUCGUAUGUCUGCACGUGCAUUUUUAUUUAUGUUAAAAUUCACAACUUGCUUUAAAUGCAUCCUUAAAUAUGAAGGUGUGUGUGAGAUUCAGAGCAGAAAUGAUUGCGACAGGUUUUCUAUGGCCAAUAAGAAAUGAGAGGGACGGGGUUUAAGGCGGCUUGUUUUUUUCUUUGGAUGUAUGUUUGUUUUUAAACUUGCCACAUUGCUUCCUUCAGUAGUGCUUUAAAGCGACAAGCCAAACGUGAUUUUGUGUGUGAGAGAGCGAGAGAUACAAAAAUGUGUUAAUGUACAUACUUGUGUGUCUGUGUAUAGUGCCAUAAUCAAGUAUUAGCAACUAGGAGCUGAAAUGUACUUUUAUAUAAAAAUAUAGAUAUAUAUUUAUCAAGAAAUAUUUACAUAAUUUAUUUUUAUUUCACAAAACGAAGCAUAUAGUAUUAUCUUCUGAGUUUUAUGAACAAAUUGUGAUUUGUAAAAUAAUCAUAUUUUGUCAUGAUAAUGAUGGAAAUGUCUGCUAAAUGCCAUGACAGUACUGCAGAAUAAAGAAAACUCCAAAG